AUGGGGGAAGAACGACAUCUGUUCCCAAGGGGACGGCAGCAGGAUGGGCUGUCGGAGGUUUGGAGGGAAACUAGAAGGUCGCUGAGAAGGAUCUCUCCGAAAGGCGUCGCAGGGGAGCUCAUCAAGCUCGCCAUCCCUGCUGUCAUCGCCGGAUUGGCGGAGCCUGUCGCGCAGCUUACGGAGACCGCAUUCAUUGCACGAACCGGAGCCGUGAGUCUCGCGGCCAUUGGCGUGUCCAUCUCAGUGUUCAACCUUGUCUCGAAGGUCUUCAACUUCCCCCUCCUCAACAUCACCACCUCUUUCGUCGCUGAGGAUGGCGAAGCCAGAGCGAAAUCAGCAGCAUCAGCGUCCGCAGCAACAGAAGCGGCGGGUGAGAAGCGAGUGGUGCCUGCGGUGUCAGCAGCGCUGCUGGUGGGCGCCAUUCUCGGGAUUGUCGAGGCUGUGGUGCUCGCCUCUGCUGCUGCACCCAUUCUCGGAGCCAUGGGCGUCCCUGCGCGCUGCACCAUGUCUCCCUCAGAGCGCUGGGUGCGCGUGCGUUGCUUCUCCUCCUCUUCCUCUCAUUCUCCCAUGUCCCUGUUCCUCUCCUCACGCCGCUAUCAGACCUCGCACAUGCGGGGACUGACCAACCCUGCACUACCUUUCUCUGAGUUCGCUGGGUGCGCCUGCCUGCAUUGCUUCUUCUCCCCAUCCGCUCGUCUCCAUGUUUCUCCCCCCUGUGCGUUCCGUCCUCCGGUGUAUACCUCGCCCAUGCGCGGGCCAGCGCUGCACUACCUCUCCCUCAGGGCGCUGGGCGCGCCUGCUGUGGUGCUGGCUCUGGCCACUCAAGGGGUGUUCCGAGGCUUUAAGGACACUCGCACUCCGCUUAUCGCUCAAGUGGGCGGCAACAUCGUCAACAUCGCCUUGGAUCCGCUCCUCAUGUUUGCAUGCGGGCUGGGCGUCAGCGGGGCAGCGUUCGCCACAGUGACAGCGCAGUACAGCAUUGCGGCCUUCAUGCUGUGGCAGCUCAGCCAACGCGUGGUGCUCAUGCCUCCCCGCCUCUCUCACUUGAAGCUUGACCGCUUCCUCAAAUCAGGUGGUCUCCUGCUGGGUCGCACUCUCGCCCUGCUCUGCACCAUGACCCUCGCCACCUCCAUGGCAGCGCGGCAGGGCCACACGAGCAUGGCGGCGCAUCAGAUCGCCAUGCAGAUCUGGCUCGCAGUGUCUCUCAUGUCCGACUCCGUGGCUCUUGGCGCCCAGACCAUGCUAGCAUCAGCUUUCGCACGCCACGAUGCGAGGAGGGUGAGGAGGAUCGCCAUGCGAGCCACACAGAUGGCGCUGCUCAUGGGCCUCACCACCGCGGCCCUACUCACCCUCGCCACGCCCUACAUCCCCCGCGCAUUCACAUCCGAUCACACUGUUCAGAAGGCGCUGACUUCCCUGAUGCCGUUCGUGGCGGCCACACAGCCCAUCACAUCUCUCGCCUUUGUCUUUGACGGGCUGCAUUACGGCGCCUCUGACUUUGCCUACGCUGCCACUGCAAUGAUCACAGUGAUGCUGCCCAUAGCUGGAGUGCUGGCGUAUGCGCCAAAGAUCACAGUGAUGCCCCCAAUAGCUGGAGUGCUGGCGUAUGCCCCAAAGGUCAUGGGCAUCCAUGGCGUGUGGGUCGGCCUUACCCUCAUCAUGACUGCACGCAUGCUCAUUGGCUUGGCAAGGUAA